GCCUGCUUCACCACUGCCUCCCUUUGGAACUGCUGGAUUGCCUCUCAUGUUGCCAUGGUGAUCCCUAUGGCUACCCAGGAUACCCAUUACUGCUCCAGAAUUCUCUACUUGAGCAGAGCAGCUCUCCCCUCGGCCUGUUUAAAACACCUCCCUUUUUACUAUGGUGUGCUGGAGAUCUGCAAAAGCCAAUGCUGGCCUGUCCGUACAGGUUCUGAAAAGGAGUCAGCCACUGGCAAAGCCACCCAGCAGGCAGGAUGCAGCUCAGCCCUCUGUCUCAGGACUGCUGGAGACAUGGACACCACCGUGCCUGCCCCACACCCAUUGAAAGGGAGUCUCCCUUGACUCUCCAGGAGUUCACUGUCAGCCAUCCUUACUACAUUCUCUCUCCUGGGAACAAAAGAUCCUACUUGCUUGACAACUCUUCCAGUUCUAGCCAACAAGACAGUAUCCCUGGUGUUCAGCAGAAGCAACAGCAACUCAAGGACGUUCUCCUGAAGCUGGAAGAGGAGGAAAUAACCCCAACAGAUGUUAAAUACCGCCUGCAGCCACUUGAGGCUGUAUUCCAGAAAGAGAGGUUAAGUGGACACAGUCAGUACAUCAAGCCUGGAUGGAGCCUGGUCAGUAAACCCCACAGAGAAUGGUUCAAGGCCUGGAAGAUGGAGGAUGGGACAUACCAGGGACAGAAACCCUCCCAUUUAGGUCACAUUCAGGGCAAAAGAACAGCACCAAGAGGACAUCUGAACCAUGUGGAGUUCGUCAGCCAGGAUCAGAACAACGCCCAAGGCCUAGUGUGGCGUCAAGUCCUCCCACCUGAUCUAGACAAGAACAGUCAGGGGAUCUUCCAAUCCACACAGCGAGUGUCAAGGGAAAUGGUACCCGGCGGGCCCAUGACCCGUGCACACCAGGAGCUGAGCCAGACAAGGCAGGGGAUAGCCAUUGUGGGGACAAAGAGUACUGCCAAGUAUGAGGAAGCCACAGCAUCCAGGGUGUCCCAUCUGCCACCUCUCAAGCUCCUGCCGAGAAGAGUCAAGACUAAGUGGCCCCCAUACACACCUGGAAUCUUCCAGGCCAAAUUCCAAACAGAACUGACCAACAAGUACUUCUUCCAGGACUGGAGGGUUCAGCCCCAAGCGCACUAUGGAAGCAAUGAAAAACCCCUGGUGUCACUUAAGGAUCAAGUCAACACCAGGCUCCCCUACAUGCCCUUGUUUACUAAAAGAGUGAAGUUGUAUAUGCCCAAAACCAAUGGCGUCAGACAGGAGACAAAAGCCCUUUCAACUGAGCAGGGGAAAAUCAGUCAGCUUUCCCAGGUCAGCUCCAGAUUUUUGGCCUCAAAAAGAGAACACGUGGAAAAAGAGACUGCCUGAAUAACUUCUGUGAAAACACCAUGGAAGCCGUGCCUGUUUCCCAGCACUCAGUUGAGACAAGAUUGCAAGAUUGCUGUAAAUUUUCAAGCCAGCUUGGGCUGUAGUGUGAGACCCUGUCACACAGACAAAAAAAAAAAAAUCCCAGGCAUGAUGACACACAACCGUAAUCACAGCACUUUGGAGGCGAAGGCAGAGGACCCCCUAUACUACUUAAUGAGUUUGAGGAUAGCCUGGGCUACAUGAGACACUGUCUAAAAAAGAAGAUAGAAAGAAAAGAAACAAAACCCCCCAAAUCUCUAAAACACCUUCCUCACGGUAGAUGGGGCUUUCAGACCCACUGAGGCCUUUCUUACUGCCAUCCGUGUGAUGUCUUGUGAUGCUAGCCCGGCAAGAGCGAGUCAUUUCUUUGGGAAGGAACACUGUUCUGUAUGUCCGAGAAGGGGAAGCGUGUUCCAAAAGAUCUGAGAGGAAAGGUCAGUAAUUUCUCUAACCAAUGAGGUAAUGGCAGUGUCCAGGCUUCUCGAGAAAAUGCCACUGAUGAAUUACACUCUGUCCAAGCCACCUGAGUGGCUGCUUCUGCUUUUCCUAUCUAAACAGAGGGAGACUGCACACACUGUAAGAGUUACCCUUUUAACACGUACGACUCCAUGGUA